UUUGAGUUGCAAUGACGGUUUGGUCAUGUUGGAGAUUUUGGGUCAAGGGGAGACAUUUCCCGGUUAGGGUUUAUGGUUUAAACACCGUCGGGUUGUGUGUGCCUCCCUUUCUUCUAAAACCUUAAAUUCAAAAGCAUUGCUGCACUACCAAAUAAUUUUCCAUAGCUAACUGAACAAUGUGAAAAUAUACCUUAAACUUCUUCCUCAUCCCCCACACAAACAGAGAAAAAACCAUGAUUCUUUUCAUCAGAAAUGUAAGUUUCAGCCAUUCUUUGUUACACAAAGCUCAUCCUUUGAUUCUAAUCACAACCGGUAGAAGUUACGUAUCUCAUAGUAAAACUCAACUUGAAGUUCUAGUCUUUGAUCAAUGCAAGUCUGGUCAAAUCAAGAAACUUGAAGAUGCAUUGGGUUUCUUCGAUAAAAUGGUUUCAGUGAAACCAUUACCAUCAACUGAAACAUUUAACCAACUAUUAAUUUCAGUAUCGAAAAUUAGAUGCUGUGUUGAUGCAUUUGAGAUGUAUAGGAGGAUGAAACUGGUUGGAAUUCAACCUAAUGUAUUUACAGCUAACAUUUUGAUUAAUUGUUGCUGUCAAUUAAGUCGGUUGGAUUGUGCAUUCAGUUUGUUUGGUGAAAUGCUUAAGAGGGGUUUUGAAAUUGAUAUUAUAACUUUCACUUCUCUGAUCAAAGGGUUGUGCUUGCAAGGGAAAGUUUGUCUUGCUCUUGAAGUGUUUGAGAAAAUGAUCGAAAUGGGAAUUAGACCGAAUGUCGUUACUUGUGGAACUGUAAUUAGUGGGCUUUGUAGAAUUGGUGAAGUAGGUAGUGCGCUUGAGUUGCAAAAGAAGAUGGGUAGAUGGAACUGCAAGCCUGAUAUUGUUUCAUAUGGUGCAAUCAUAGAUAGUCUAUGCAAAAGAGGGUCAGUGAAUGAGGCUUUAAAUCUCUUUUCCCGAAUGAUAAAAGAUCAGGGAAUUGUCCCAAGCGUUAUUGUUUAUAGCUCUUUGAUCAGCGGACUUUGCAAUUCAGAUCGGCUGAGUGAGGCUCUGCGACUCUUUUAUAACAUGUCUGGUCGAGGCAUUGCUGCAGAUGCGAUCAUUUAUAGUUCUCUAAUUCAUGGUAUCAGCAAACGUGGAUUGUGGAAGGAAGCGAAGACAUUUUUUGAUGAAAUGGUGGAUAGAGGGAUCUCCCCAACAGUAGUAACAUAUAGCAUACUAGUAGAUUCUCUGUCCAAAGAAGGGAAGAUGAGAGAAGCAGGUGACUUAUUUGAAGAAAUGAUUAGCUUAGGCAAAGAACCUAAUGCACUUACUUAUAACUCAAUGAUAGGUGGUCUGUGUUUGACAGGUAAGCUUGACGAAGCGCAUAGAUUGUUUGAUUCAAUGGUGGAUAAGGGCCUUGAACAUGACGAACACAGCUUCACUGUGUUGAUCAAUGGGUAUUGCAAGAACUUUAGGUUGCAUGAUGCUCUGCAGCUCUUCAAGAAAAUGAAACAAAAUGGAUUAAAACCAACACAAGUUACUUACAGUACACUAGUGAAUGGACUAUGUCGCGCUGGAAGAAUUAGGAAUGCACAAAGCCUGUUUGAUGAGAUGCAAUCUGUUGGUAUAUCUCCAAAUAUAGUCACAUAUGGUGCCUUACUGGAUGGCCUUUGCAAGAAUGGAUACAUUGAUGAAGCAGUUGAUUUAUUUCAAUCUCUGGAAGGUAUGGGGUUUAAAUAUAAUAUUCGAAUUUAUAGUUUAGUUAUUGAUGGCUUGUGCAAGGCUGGUAAAUUUGAAGAUGCAAAAAGAUUGUUUGAUGAUCUCCCAAACAGAGCACUAGUUCCUAACGUUAUAACAUAUACCAUAUUGAUCAGUGGCACGUGUAAAGAAGGUAUGCUAUUUGAGGCCGAAAAAUUACUGUUUGAAAUGGAAAAGAAUGGUUGCAUGCCAAAUGCUGUCACGUAUAAAACUCUUAUUAAAGGUUUUCUUGAAGCCAAAGAUUUCAAGAAAGCUAAAGAGCUUCUUCAGAAAAUGAGGGAAAAAAACUUUCACUGAGCAAGGCCACUUCUCAUACUUUGAAUGACUGCACUGUGUAGUCCUCCAUAUGAAGUAUUAGCUUGCUUCCUUCCUAACAACAGGUAAAUGGUCAAGAAGUUCACAAACAUUAUGCAUGCUUAUAAUACAUUGCUAAAUUCAAAGUCAUGGCGUUACUAUUUUGGAAGAGGUGCUUUCUGGAUAUUCCACUUUCUAAAUAUCGCAUCAGGGAAGGCCAAGGAUAAAAAGAUUUUCAUGGGUCUGGCUGGGUCUUCUGUAGGGGCCUUCAAGACUGGGAAGUAAGUGCUCUAUCACAAGGGAAGCCAAGAUUCUGUGAGAAGAGUUAGUGGUGACAAAUUCUACAGGACGUAAAUGAAGAAUUUAUAGUGUUUGUUGAGAAAGAGCUCAACAUAAUGGAUGCUAAUGUUGAAGAGGAAUCAACUCAACGACUGGAAGACCAAAACACAUGAAAGGUCACAGAGACUAGGAAUUCAUAAUGAUCCUGGCAACCAAAGUAGCAUUAAAGAUUGCCAGAUUGAAGCCACUCUCUCACAAAUGUUGACAAAGGAAUCGGGACCUUACUAAACUCUCACUGCAAUUGUGUUUUCUGAACAGUGAAAAUGUCAAGUAUGUUAGAUGGGCUACAAGUUCAUUAUUAGGGAUCAAGAAGUUAGUGGAUAUUUACAAGGCAACUCAUUUUUCCUGCAGUCACACUUUCAUCAUGAAACUCAAUCUUGUUGCAGCAUUUCUGAAGGCGAAUCGAUACUGUUUAAGGUCAUCGUGUUGGCAUCAAAUAUGGUUCUAAAUGCUGACAUCGCUCAGGGAGACAACAGUUUUCUGUUCAUAGGUUCGUGUUAGUUCUCACAAUUGUCAGUCAGUGAAGGGGUUAAUCAAGGUACACCAGAUUGAACAUGGAGUUAGGCCACCGAGAGUAUUAGUGGGCUGAUGUCUGAUGCUGGGUUUCAUGUUAGGAAACAAGUGGGGGUUUUCGAUGGAAGUCCUCACAUAUGCGCUUGGGGCAUUAUGAUUUUUCCUCUC